CUCCCGGAAGUCGGCCAUGGCGUCCCUCCGCGAAGCCACCCUGCGGAAACUGCGCAGAUUUUCCGAGCUGAGAGGCAAACCCGUGGCAGCUGGAGAAUUCUGGGAUGUGGUUGCAAUAACAGCAGCCGAUGAAAAGCAGGAGCUUGCUUACAAGCAGCAGUUGUCAGAGAAGCUGAAGAAAAAGGAAUUGCCUCUUGGAGUUCAAUACCAUGUUUUUCCUGAUCCUGCUGGGACCAAAAUUGGAAAUGGAGGAUCGACACUUUGUUCCCUUCAGCGUUUGGAAGGCCUCUAUGGAGAUAAGUGGGAUUCUUUCAAGGUCCUGUUAAUUCACUCUGGUGGCUACAGUCAACGCCUUCCCAAUGCAAGCGCUUUAGGAAAGAUCUUUACCGCCUUACCACUUGGUGAACCCAUUUAUCAGAUGUUGGAGUUAAAACUAGCCAUGUACGUGGAUUUCCCCUCACACAUGAGGCCUGGAGUGUUGGUCACCUGUGCAGAUGAUAUUGAACUCUACAGUACUGGGGACUGUGAGUACAUUGCCUUUGACCAGCCUGGCUUUACUGCCUUAGCUCAUCCUUCUAGUCUGACUGUAGGCACCACACAUGGAGUAUUUGUCUUGCACUCUGAUGGUUCCUUACAACAUGGCGACCUUGAGUACAGGCAAUGCCACCGUUUCCUCCACAAGCCCACCAUUGAAAAUAUGCAUCACUUUAAUGCUGUGCAUAGACAAGGAAGCUUUGGUCAACAAGACAUGCCUGGAGGUGACACUGCCUGUCUUCCUCUGCACACUGAGUAUGUCUACACAGAUAGCCUGUUUUACAUGGAUCACAAAUCAGCCAAAAAGUUACUUGAUUUCUAUAAAAGUGAAGGCCCACUGAACUGUGAAAUAGAUGCCUAUGGAGACUUUCUGCAGGCACUGGGGCCUGGAGCGACUGCAGAGUAUACCAGAAACACAUCCCAUGUCACUGAAGAAGACUCCCAGUUGUUGGACAUGAGGCAGAAAAUAUUCCACCUCCUCAAAGGAACACCACUGAAUGUUGUUGUUCUUAAUAACUCCAGAUUUUAUCACAUUGGAACAACACAAGAAUAUCUGCUUCAUUUCACUUCCGACAGUACAUUAAAGUCAGAGCUGGGCUUACAGUCCAUAGCUUUCAGUGUCUCUCCAAGUGUUCCUGAGUGCUCCAGUGAAACAGCCUGUGUCAUUCACAGCACACUGGACUUUGGAUGCUGCGUGGCCCCUGGCUCAGUUGUAGAGUAUUCUAGACUGGGGCCUGAGGUGUCCAUCGGGGAAAACUGCAUUAUCAGCAGUUGUGUCAUAGCAAAAGCUGUUGUGCCAGCACACUCUUUUUUAUGUUCUUUAAGUGUGAAGAUAAAUGGACACUUAGAAUAUUGCACUAUGGUGUUUGGCAUGGAAGACAAUUUGAAAAACAGUGUUAAAACCCUGGAAGAUAUAAAGGCACUUCAGUUCUUCGGAGUCUGUUUUCUGUCUUGUUUAGACAUUUGGAACCUUAAAGCUACAGAGAAACUUUUCUCUGGAAAUAAGAUGAACCUGAGCCUGUGGACAGCACGCAUUUUCCCUGUCUGUUCCUCUCUGAGUGAGUCAGUUACAGCAUCCCUUGGGAUGAUAAAUGCUGUAAGGAGCCAUUCCGCAUUCAGCUUAAACAACUUUAAGCUGCUGUCCAUCCAGGAAAUGCUUGUCUACAAAGAUGUUCAAGACAUGCUAGCUUAUAGGGAACAAAUUUUCCUAGAAAUUAGUUCAAAUAAAAAACAAUCUAAUUUACAGAAAUCUUAAAUUGAGUAUAGUUUGCCUGUGAACAAGAUUGCAAAUGCAGACAUUUUCUAUAGACCUCUGACUUUUUUGUUUGUUUUAGUAAAUCAAUAUAAUAAAAAUUACAUUAAUAUAACUUGUAUCUUGGUAAUGAGAAAGGUACAGCUGAUCACCUCUGUUGGAAGGACUUUAGUAAAAGUCAGGAAAGUGAUGCUGUUUUAGAUGUUUGCACCAUCUUAAUUUUACUUUUUGGUAAAGAUCCGUUUAUGGGGCACUGUUUCAUUCCCAAAAUAAAUGUUCCUGUUUUAUUAUAGGGUGACUUUCUAAACAUACCUUUAGAGUUUUUCUACCUUCUUUUGAAAUUUGGGCCAAUAAGGUUCUAGGUGAUAUUGAGGAUUGUAUUACUUUACUUCUCACAGUGAGACAACACCUAACAAAUUAUUGUUAUAAAUUCUUAAAAGUAAUGUCAUUAUUUGAGGUUUUCUUUCAAGAUUUUGUUCUAGUUUUAUGUUAUGAGUGUGUUACCUGCAUAUAUGUUUGUAUAUCACAUACUUGCAGUGCCCAUAGAGGCUAGAACAGCUGCUCCCAACCUGUGGGUUGUGACCCUUUUAGGGAUCAAACAAUCUUUGAGGGUUAACCUAAGACCAUCAGAAUAUAAAAUAUUUACAUUAUAAUUCAUAACAGUAGGAAAAUAGUUAAAAAGUAGCAACAAAGAUCAUUUUAUGGUUGGGAUCACCACAGCAUGAGGAACUGUUUAUAAAGGAUGGCAGCAUCAGGAAGGUUGAGAACUGCUGGCCUAGAAGAAAGUGUUGGAUCUCUUGGAACCAGAGUUAUAGAUGAUAAGGACCUCCAUAUUGCAUCUCUUAAGUCAACCUUAGUCCUAUGAAAGUGCUAUAAAAUGAUGUUUGUGCCUCACUAAUCUUGCCAAAAUGAUAUAAAAGUAUGUGUGUAUUAUUUUGUUCUUAUACAUAUACAUAUAAAACAUUUGUUGCCGUAUCUUAUAAACUAGGUCUACUGAUGUAUUACACUGGAAAAUAUGUACACACAGAACUCAGUUGUCUGCUCAGGAGGUGGUUGGAAUAGUUGAGAGCCAGUGCUCACUCAUCAUGGACAUUACUUAAUCCUCUCCUAAUUAAUCCUUCAACAAAUCUCUCAACUUGACAGUGGACAUUUGCCUUGCAUCAUUUUACGUCCAUAAUGGUAGUGAUUCUGUGAACAAACAAUUGGCCCAAAGAGAGAAAAUUCAAAUAGGAAAUCUGACGCAUACUCAGAUCAUAACCAACUUCAGGGAAUUCCUGGUUAUGUGCACCUAUUUUGAAAGAAACACAUUAGUGGAACAUUUAGCUUGAACUUUAAUAGAGGCAAGACUUGCUAUACUUGUAUUUAAAAUACCUUAAGUAAACUGUAAUGUCUGCUUUGACAAAUAUGUAAGUUUUCAUAAGAAAAAUAUGAUAAACAAGAUAUCUAUCAAAAUCCCUCUUUAUUAUUUAUAUAUGAAUAUGUAUGUCUUUUCAAGGUGCUAGAGAAUGAAGCAAAGUAUGUGUGAUCCUAUUUGACAAUUAUUGAUUUACUUGCAGAAAUUUCAAAGGAUGUUGAAUGUUAUUAAAUGUUCAAGACUAAUUUAAAGUCCUGUUAAGGAUUAGAAUUACGAUUUCAUGUUCCAAGAAAAAAAAAUCAUUGUUGAUAAAGAGUACCAUCCCUUCCUUU